AUGGAGACCGCGCCCGGGAACGCUCCGUCGUCCUCCGUCGCGGCGUUAGGGCUGGCGCUGGCGGUUCCGGGGUUGCCCGACGGUCCUUUCGGCUGCCCCAUCUGCCUCGACCUGCUGAAGGACCCGGUGACGGUCCCGUGCGGGCACAACUUCUGCCAGGGCUGCCUGGGGGCACUUCGCCAGCGACAGGGCCCCCCCGACGGCAGCGGCGGGGCGGGCGGGGCUGUUCGCUGCCCGCUCUGCCAGGAGCCCGUCCCCGCGACACUGCGGCUCCGCAAGAACCGAGCCCUGUGCGAGGUGCUGCCGCUGCUGGCAGCCGCCACCGCCGAUUUGUCCCCUCCAUCCCCACCCGCCGGAUCCCCCAUGGCUCCGGGAGCCGAGAAAGAGGAGGAGGACGCGGCGGGGGAGGAAGGAGCGGUGGUGCUGUGCGAUGUCUGCCUGGUGGGCUCGAGGGCGGCGGCGGCGCGGUCCUGCCUGGUCUGCCUGGCCUCCUUCUGCGAGGCCCACCUGGAACCCCAUCGCCGCUCCCCCGCCUUCCGCGCCCACCGCCUGGUAGCCCCUCUGCGGCGGCUGGAGGAGAGGCUCUGCCUCCACCACCUCCUGCCCCCCGACGGCUUCUGCCGCACCGACCAAACCUGCGUCUGCUCCCGCUGCCGCGCCCACGAGCAUCGCGCCCACGACGUGGUGUCUCUGGAGCAGGAGCGAGAGCACAAGGAGGCCCAACAAGCCAAAUUCCUCAGCGAUGUGGAGAAUGAGCUGGAGGAGCUGUCAGUCACCAUUGCUCAGGCCAAGAAGAUAGUGGAGCUCAUUAAGGGCGCUGCCACGAAGGAGAGGGAAAGAAUCAAGAAGCUCUUUGCAGAAGCCUCCGAGGUGCUGACGACCUUCCAGAAGGAGGUGGCAGGUUUCAUUGAGGACAGGGAGCGCUCCAUGCUGGGGGAGGCCGAGGCUGAUCUCCACUGGAAGGAGGAGAGACGAGCCAAGCUGGCCCAGUGCAAGCAAAACCUGGAGAACGUCCCCAGCACCGACACCAUCUACUUCCUCCAGGAAUUUCAGGCCUUAAAAGUAGCCAUGGAAGAAAACCUCUCCCCGACUCUGAGCUUCCAGAACGAGCUGAACUUCACCAAAUGUGCCCAAGCCGUGGGUGCCGUGAAAGAUGUGCUGUCCGCUGCCUGCAAAAAACAGUGGGACCACUUGCAGGGGAAAGGAGUUGAUGGGCUGAAUUACCAGGAGAUGGAGAAAGCCGAGUCCCAGUUUCCAGACAAGUCAAACAAUCCCGCCUGCCUGGAGAGCCGCGACUACUUCCUGAAAUUUGCCUUUAUCAUCGACCUGGACAGUGACACGGCUGACAAGUUCAUCCAGCUGUUUGGCACCAAAGGGGCCAAGCGGGUUCUGUGCCCCAUCCCCUACCCAGAGAGCCCAACCCGGUUUAUCAACUGCGAGCAGGUGCUGGGGGUCAACCUCAUGAACCGGGGCAACUACUACUGGGAGGUGGAGCUCAUUGAUGGUUGGGUCAGCAUCGGCGUCAUCGCUGAGGACUUUGACCCCCAGGAGUCCUACAACUGCGGGCGCCUGGGGCGGAACGAGAGGUCCUGCUGCCUGCAGUGGAACGGACAGAACUACGUGGCCUGGUUUGGUGGGCUUCAGUCUGUCAUCCAGCAGCCAUUUUUCCAAACAAUCGGGGUCUUCUUGGAAUAUUCAGAGAAGGCCCUGACCUUCUAUGGAGUCAAAGACUCUAAGAUGACCUGCCUGCAGCAGCUGAAGUUUUCUCCUUGUAGCAGGGGUAUGACUGACCCGUUCCAGUACAAGAUCAACCACCGCUUUGCCUCUCUUUUCUUGUGCAAGCUAAAACCAGCCUUCUUCCUGGAGAGUGUGGAUGCCCACCUGCAGAUCGGGCCGCUGAAGAGGGAUUGUGUCUCAGUGCUCAAGCGUAGGUAACUGGGAAGCAGGAGCACGGGAAGACCCAAAGGGUCUCUCCUGCCAUGUCUUGCUGCCAUCACAGCUUCUCCUUGGUAGUGUUGUAUUUCUCUGUGGCAGCCCUCCCUCCUUGCUCUGUGCUGUUGGUGGCCCAGGGGUGGAUGAAGCUGUCUGGUGGGCAGAGCUGGGAGCCAGGAGGGAGCUGGAUCCCAGGGCCAGCUCUGCUGCUGGGCUGCUGAGCCAGCUUGGGCAAGUCUCUGUGCUGCUCCCUGCCCCUCCGUUCCCUUUCUGGGCAGCAAGGACAGCGACACAGCCUUUCUUGGUAAAGCACAUUGCUCAGGAGAAGUGCCAUGUAGAUUUGAAGCUGUGUCUUGGUCAGCUGCCAGGCUGCCCAGUCUUUUCUCCUGCAGAUCUGCUCAUACUCCCCUGGUAACUUGCACAGAUGGUUCACUUCGUGCCUUAGCUCGGUCUCUGUGUCUCUGCUGCUGCCUUUUUAAGCUCUGGCUCAUCCACACCUUCUGUGUGCUCCUUCUGAAGGGCCUUUGAAGUAGCAAACCCAGCACAGACCAGGCAAACCCUCAAAGCAAUGUGGUCACUUCCCCAGUGCCCACAUCACCGUUGUGCCUUGGUGUGGGUGAGCAGGGUGCUCUGGAGAGAUGGGAUGCAGAGGAGCCCUGCUGGAUGCAGGAGGGAUGCUGGGGUGACACAGUACUUCUCCCUGCAGGACUGGCUUCCCAUUAGUGCUGCCAACAUGAAACGAGGCUCUUUGCCCUCCCUCUUGCUGGUAUUUUGAACUCUGGUCUGUGGCCAGGCUCCUUUGGGACAAGCUGUGGUCCCACAUGUGCUGGAGGCCCAUGGCCACAGGGCUGUUCCCCACCACAGCCAAAAAUCCCAGCUGGGAGAAGGAGAAACCUCCUGCUGAGAAGCAGCAGCACCAUUCCUGCCUUGAGAUGGUGAAGCAAAGCAGCAUGAAACACUUCUGAGGAUGUGUUUUUAGGAAAUAUGUUCCUCAGCAAUUGCUUAGAGAGGCUUUACAGCCAAAUUUUCCCCUGCAUUUUUGGUGGCCUUAGUAUUUUAGGAGAUUUUAGUACUGUUAAACUCCCAACUCUUAAAGUACCCUGAGCUCACCUGAGCUGUAAAUGUACACCCUAGGUUAGAGAGUUUAGGUGACAAAGAGGUGCCAUGAAUAUGUCCCAGGGCAAAUUUAGGGAUAGCUGUGAGUGCAUCGAUAAAAGGUGCUGCAUCAGUCAGCUGCUAAAUGACCCUCUGGCCUCUGGCAAUAGGUAACAAUUAACAAAAACUACUCUCAAGCAAGUCCCCUCCAGGAAAGGUGGAAACUUCAGGCUGAGAGCCAAAAAUGCCAGUGUCCUAAGGGAGCUUUCUAGCAGGGAAAUAGAGAAUUACUGCCUGUAUGGGCAGCACAGUGCAGCCCCUGUCUCAGCACAGCCCCUGUCUCAGUGCAGCUCCUGUCUCAGUGCAGCCUGCCUUUCCACAAGUUUAUUUUUCCUGGGAUUAGUUUGCUACCUAGCUCCCAAAGCUUGCUUUACAGAAUCAUGAUGCUGUGUCAUAGAUACCUGGAGAGAAAAUAUAUUGGGUUGGGCUCUUGGCUGGUGUGAAUGAGUCAGUGCUGACGCAUCGACGGGGAUGGAAAAUGGCCUGUUUAGCUAAAUAUAUGAAAUAUAUAUAUAUAUAUUCCCCAAAGGAUAAGCUGGAAAUCAUAUUCAGGGGGAGCCAAGGGGGAAAAAAAAAAAGUGAAUAAAAAGGCAGCCACAAAGCAGAAAGGUUUAAAGUUAAAGCCACGUUUACUGUAACUCCUUUGCUGGUGCUGCCAGUUCCCUCUGGGAGAGGUGCUGGACCCCAGCAACCAGCCAUGGUGGGCUCUCUUUGGAUGGGUUGAAGGGUCCGAAUGCAGCCACCCCCUCCCCAAGGAAGGGUGGGUGAGUUGGUCUGGGAGGGGGACACCUUGGAUUUGCCUGCAUAUCCCUCCUUUUCCUCCUCCUCUGCAUGCGGCGACUCCUAGAACACCGCUCGUGGUGGGAAAAGGAGAGGAAAAGCUGCCAGGGUGAAAGCUUCAGAUGAAAUCUUGGCCUUUCCCAGCCAGCGGGAGUGCUGCCCGGACUUCUGUCCAGAUGGGAAUUCACUCCCUGCGUCCUGAGCUCCUACCUCAAAACCUCUUUGUUCCGCCCGCGCGGCUCAGCCCCUGCCCGGCCCAGCACGAGGUGCCAGCGGCGACACGGCACAGGCCUGACGGCUGCCGUGGUGGCACCAGAGAUGAUGGUGGUGCCAGCAGAAAUGCCUGGCCAGAGAAGGGGAGGAGAGACAGGCAGCAGCUCGUCCCAAGAGGAAGAGGAAGGCAGCCGUGCUCUCUGCAGGAAGAGGUCUCGCACGCCGGCUGGGCUCUGUCGGAGCCAGAAAUCCCCUUUCUUCAGGCCAAGCUCCCACCCUUCUCAGCGAGGAGUUUUGCCAGAGUCAAUAGAGCAGAUCUGGGCCUUUGCCCCGUUCCGUUUGGCCGUGGGCGGGUUGAUGGCUCUGUGGGGAAACUUGUGCUGGAGCCCCUCAUCCCUCCCUCCUCCUCCGUGUUGCCCAACGCACGGACGCAAAGCUCGGAACCCCUGCGGGGUUUGGGAGGGUUCAGCAGGAUCUUGCAGCUUUCCCUUUCCAUCCUGUAAGCACCCGGGAGUCUGGUAUUUGGCCUUUGGUGCUGGUUGGGUUUUUGCUUACCUCACCUCUGCCCUAGAGCUGGGAUGCUGAUCCACAGCUUCAUGGCAGGUUUUGAAGGCUCCCGUGGAUCCCACGCCAUGGGGAAGUCCUUUCCCAGCCCGCUCCUUCCUGCUGCUUGCAUUUUAUCCUGUCUGGAGGCUCCAUGAAUCCUCAUGGUUUAGGGCAUAAAGCAAAUUCUGACCCUCCUGGGUCGCUGGACCAGAGUUUGCUCUGUGUCCCAAAUGAUUUGGAGUGUGAACUGGAAUGAUUAGGAUAAUGUGCGCUGUGCCAGCUCUGGAUCGCUGGUUUUGCUGCUGCUGAAGGGCUAAAUGUGGUGAGUUUAGAUGGCUAGAUAGCACUUGGCAAUUUAAACAGCCUUUUCCUGUUCCCUCGAGUUAUUUCUGCUGUCACAGAGUGUUCCUCUUUUUAAUUAGGAUUUAAAAAAUAUAGUUACUGUAGAGUUAUUUUACGGUGUGUGAAGAAACUGUAACAGAAUAAUAUAAUUAUGUUAGAGACUAUGAUUAUUUGCCAUUAAAUAAUAUACAGACAUUGC